ACCUCGGGACAGUCAGCCUGCUCUCACUAUAAAGCAGCAGCACGCCCACUGUCACUCCUCACAAGCUGAAGGAGCCAGGAAGAGGAAGAAAAAGAAGAAAAGGAAGAAAAAGAAGAAGAAAAGCAGCCGUCCAGCAAAAGACGUCCUUCUCAGGCUCCUCGGAAAAAGUCCACAGAAAGUGAAAGGAUGAAUUACGCUCACUCUUUAUUGGGCCUGCUGCUCCUCGUCAUCAUCCAGAGCAGCUGGCAGCUUUCGGACCACAACACCAACUCAGUGCCGUCCAGCCACAUGUUGAUCCCCAGCGAGCGUGUCGAGGAGUCGCUCUUGCCGCACAGCAAGAGACAUUCUGAGGGCACUUUCUCCAACGACUACAGCAAGUAUUUGGAGAGCAGGCGGGCGCAGGACUUUGUUCAGUGGCUCAAGAACUCCAAACGGAAUGGAAGUGUAAUGAGACGGCACGCAGACGGAACCUACACCAGUGAUGUCAGCUCCUACAUGCAGGAGCAGGCAGCCAAGGAGUUUGUGAGCUGGCUGAAGGCGGGCCGAGGAAGACGACAGUAGAGAGAAACCCCGUUCCUGUCCUCACACGCCACUCUGUGCCAUUAAAGCUUUCACAAUGUG